AAGUAGCAUCAUGGCCUUUUAAGGCUCAGCUUAGGAAAGGUGGGUAGUAAAUGGCUCCUCGGCAUUGCCAGCUUAAAGCAUACUGAUGUAGCUGCUCAUUGACAAGUUCUGGUGACAUUUGUCUUAAAUUAAGGUUCUUCGUUUGGUGCUUGGGUGGGCAAGAACAUGAUUUCCAUGCUACAGAUUUGAAAAGCAAGGUAUAUGGGAAAAAAAAAUGAUUUUGGGAUUUAUGCUUGCCACUAUCCUUAAGCCACAUGUGUAUUUUAAAAUAGCAUAUGAUAAGCAGUUAAGUUGCUUAAGACGGUUAAAUGGGUGUAGUGAAUUUUAACCAAAAAAAGAUGUUUUGGCAUCUUAGAACUGUUAAGUCCUGUUGCAUCAUGUCAAUAAGGACAAUGAGAGUAAACGAACGGCAAUAACAACAAACCUUUAAUUUUCCAAAUUAUCCAGGUUAGAUGUGUGAAUUACCCCACCAGUGUACAAAAAGUUAGUUUAAUCAGCAAAGAACACGGUGUUCUGACUGAAUGAACAGAUGUGUCGCAGGUACUGAAGCCGUUUAACAAACUUUAAAGUGCUGCUAAUUCAUUUAUUCCAUUUGUGCAGGAACUGGAUAGAGCACAUUGUGCAGGACUGUAUCACCACAUGGAGGAAUGUUUAAAAUACAUUUUGCCUUUUUACCAUUUCUUGUUACUGCUGGUCACCCUCGGAGACCCUCUCAGCUGGUGGCCUUGUCCACAGCCCUCCCUGCCAUGGAGGGUCGAUACCAUCAAGGUGCUAACUGGCCAUCAGUGAUCUGACCAAUUCAAACUUGGACUGUGUACCGCGUGUUUACUGAUGUGGGCCGCGUGUCUGUAUCUUGCAUAACACAGUCAGCUUCACAGCACCAUGUUUUUCUGCGCUGGUAACGCUGAUAAGUUACUGGCCUCCACUCGCUCCCUGCUGCUGUGCGCCUCCAGCACUGGCCCGCACUGGCCCGGACCCUCUUGUCUUCCCUGCGCAGUUGGGCUCAGCGUCCUGGAAUGGCUGCAGGAAGGGAAAAGAUCCAAGGUGGCACCCCAGGUGGGGCCUGUCACUUUGGUCCAACUUCAAGUUGAUUUAAGAGACACAAACUGCACUGGAUUUCCUGAUUUGGAUUUAUUGAGCUCUGUGUGAAAUACAAAAUUAAUGUCCUGGUGUAGAACAUGACACCACCCCCCAUAAUUCUCAAUAGAGUAAGUGCAAGCUUCAGCAAUUGUGUGUGUGGCAUUAAAAUAAGGGGAAAACACUAGAAUUUUUGUGUUUAAUGGGUAUGAGGUGAGUUUGUGACAAUAAAAUUCAUGCUGCCUGAGGUGCACUUCAAAGUGCUGCUGAACUUGUGUAUUUUUUAAUGUAGCUAAUGAAAAAUGUGUAUGGAGUGUGUAUGUUCUCCCUGUGUAACUUUUGCUGCAUGCUCUCCUCCUGUAGUCCAAAGAUAUGUCACUGGGCUAACUGUCUCUUAAUCACUCAAAGCAUGAUUAUGUGUGGCAUCCUGUCUAAGAUGUACUCCAGCCUAGUGCCCUACCCACCAAACGCAACUGGUCUAUCACUACCCUGCCUAGGAUGGUUUCUUAAAAAGAUUUAUUACACAAAAAAUACACGUAAGAAAUCUAUGGUUGUUAUGAAAGUAUGUCAAUGAACAAAACAUCUACCUCCCAACUGAAGUCGAACGAUAAAAAAAAUAUAUAUAUGUGUCGUCAGAAAUAAACCGUGGCGAACCGGCGCUUGGCCGCCUCUAGAUGGCGAUGUCGGCGAGCUUCUAAGCCUCUGCGAGGGACUUUGCCUUUGAUUGAGCAUUUUUGAGCCAUUCUGGUUGCCAUAGAAAGUGGUGCGACUGGGGGCUGGGGUCGAAACAGGACACGUUAACUCGAGUUUAAAGAGCCUAUCCUGCCCCUGGGGCAGCAACAAGAAAACUGAAUUUAGUAUGAAAACUGUUGCUUACGAUCCAAUGAAUAAGGACGGCGUAUUGGCAUCUAGAUAGUGAAGUAGAAAAGUUACUGGCCCCUCCCUCAGACCAAAGAAAAUACGAGCUGUCUGUAACAAAGGUUUGGAAUAACACAAAACAUACCAAAACAACCUUGACGAAUGCUUUACAAAAUGUUAUUACCCAUAUUGUAUCAAUCUGCAGGUAAUCGCAUUUAAUCAGUCGAACUGUCGCAACGGAGAGGUUUAAAAUACUCAGUGCACCAAUGGCUCAUUUAAUUACACGUAUCCUCUGACAAGCUAACUGAUACGACCUCAGCAUAUUUCGUUGUUGUGGCGUUUGGAUCAUCUUCAGCUGAUAUCAAGGCAGUUUAAGAAUAAAAAACAAUGGCAAAUUACCCCUUCAGCCCAAUAUCCACAAAGAUACAAUCAAGACGCAGUAGGCAUAAUCAUCGCCGCUCAUCCGACUCGCUUUUAAAAUGGAAAUGCAUUUAUAUAUGUGUACAUCCAUCCCUGCUACUGCAUUUUCCCCAUUUACUAGCAAAGCAAAAUAGAUUGCGGUUAAAAAAAAGCCCAGUAUACAAGUCAGGCAGUGGGUUUUUUUUUUCUGACGAUAUUAACCACCGACAGUCGGCGUAGGCGAAUAGCUGGCGAGCCGGAGGGGCAACGGCUAUAAAGCGGCCGACGGCACACGGAAGGAGCCGCGACGGCGCAGGGCGAUCCGGGCGCUCGAUCCGGUGCAGACGCAGCCAGUCGCCACGUCCCCUCCCGCGAAGCCGGAUAAGCACAGAAAGGCUCCCCCCUGCGCGAUGAGGAGUGCAGGCGAAACGCUUAAUAACCCGGCGCUAUGCGUUUCGCCAUCGCUCGCACUUAACAUGCGGUGUUUAUGCAGCCGCCAGCAUUUCGGCCGCUUUUUAAGGAGCCGAUCGCCGAUCGCUACAUUUUAACAGCUGCAGCGGUACGGGGAAGCUUAACUUAGCAGUAGCGUUUAUUGUUUUAUGCUUGUCGUUUAGUAUACACUGGUUUUAAGGAUUGACAUUGGUCCGAGAUGUCGGUAGACGGGUCCACGAUAAAGAGUAGGAUUAAAAACCUACUCCGCUCUCCUUCUAUCAAGCUGAGGAGGAAUAAACCAGGGAACAACAAAGAGAACCUAGCGAAUAAGGUUACUCUGGAGAAGGUGCUCGGCAUCACAGCCUCUGGUAACCGCGCACUGGCCUGCGAUCCUUGCUCUGGGCUUGUUGCAUACCCAGCAGGGUGUGUGGUGGUCCUACUGAACCCCAAAAAGAACAAGCAGCAUCACAUCCUCAAUAGCUCCAGAAAAACAAUCACCACUGUAGCGUUCUCUCCCGAUGGCAAGUACCUGGUCACUGGAGAGAGUGGGCAUAUGCCCGCCGUGCGGGUCUGGGACGUGCUGGAGCGCAGCCAGGUCGCAGAGCUCCAGGAGCACAAGUACGGGGUGUCCUGCGUGGCCUUCUCCCCCAACAGCAAGUAUAUCGUCAGCGUGGGCUACCAGCACGACAUGAUCAUCAACGUCUGGGCCUGGAAGAAAAAUGCAGUGGUUGCUGCGAACAAGGUGUCCAGCAGGGUGACAGCAGUGUCCUUUUCUGGAGACAGCUCUUACUUUGUCACUGCUGGGAACAGGCACGUGAAGUUCUGGUACCUGGACCACACAAAGUCCUCAAAGAAAAACGACAGUAUCACAACCAGCCUGGCCACCUCCCUGUCUGUGACCGAGGAGCUGAUCUUCUGCGGCUGCGCAGACGGCACGGUGCGCUCCUUCAGCCCCGCCAACCUGCACUUCAUCUGCAGUCUGCCGCGGCCCCACAGUCUGGGCAUGGACGUCACCACAGUAACGGAAGCCAGCCACCUCUUCUCCUUCAAGCCGGACGUCCGUUAUCCUGACACAGUGGCCGUGACCUACGACCCCACGAGCCGCUGGUUGUCAUGCGUGUACAACGACCACAGCCUGUACGUGUGGGACGUGAAGGACCUGCGCAAAGUGGGGAAGGUGUACUCCGCACUCUACCACUCGGCCUGCGUGUGGAGUGCAGAGGUGUACCCAGAGGUUUCUCAGGGCGAGCAGGCAUUCCUGCCCCCGGGGUCCUUCCUCAGCUGUUCCUCGGACAACACCAUCCGCUUAUGGAACACAGACGGCCACAGCACUGCUCUCAGCCGCAACGUCCUCAGCAACGACCUCAUGAAGGUCAUCUACAUGGAAAACAACACCGCCUCCCUGCUGGACAUGGAGUGUAUAGCCACCAGCAACACAGAGAAACCGGACAGCCAGACCUCUGAGAACCGGACUGGCAUUAGGACCAUGAGCGUCAGUCCAGACGGUCAGCACCUGGCUUCAGGCGACCGCAUAGGCACCCUAAGGAUUCAUGAGCUCCAGAGCAUGGAGGAGAUUCUGAAGGUGGAGGCCCAUGACUCCGAGAUCCUCUGCCUAGAGUACUCUAAGCCGGAGACUGGCCUGAAGCUGCUGGCCAGCGCCAGCCGGGACCGACUGAUCCAUGUGCUGGACGUGGAGAGCAACUACGGACUGCUGCAGACUCUGGAUGAGCAUUCGUCCUCCAUCACAGCUGUGCGCUUCGCCGCUAACGAUGGCAAGGUGAGGAUGAUCAGCUGUGGCGCAGACAAGAGCAUCUACUUCCGGACAGCACAGAAGACAAAGGGAGGGACAGAGUUCACUCGCACCCACCACAUUGUGCGCAAGACCACCCUGUACGACAUGGACGUGGACUCCACCCGGAAGUAUGCGGCCAUUGGCUGCCAGGACCGCAGCAUCAGGGUUUUCAACAUCAGCAAUGGCAAGCAGAAGAAGCUGUACAAGGGCUCCCAGGGUGAGGACGGCACGCUCAUUAAGGUCCAGAUUGACCCAUCAGGAAUGUAUGUGGCCAGCAGCUGCUCAGACAAGAACAUCUGCAUCUUUGACUUCUACUCCGGAGAAUGUGUUGCCACCAUGUUUGGACAUUCUGAGAUUGUCACGGGAAUGAAGUUUACCAAUGAUUGCAAGCACCUAAUUUCAGUUUCAGGGGACAGUUGCAUCUUUGUGUGGCGUCUAAACCCAGAGCUGACCAUCAACAUGCGGCAGCGACUCUCCGAUCUCAAACAGAAGGGCAAACUGGUACAGAAGACCCCCACACACAAGCCAACCACACUCCGGCGGGAGAUUCGGAGUGUGCCUGUCCUGGCCACCAUGUCCUCAGACAGUGACAAAGAGGUGGACGAGGACUGCAUCGAGGAGGAGGAGGAGGCAGGCAAGGCGGAAGACCAGAUCUCCCUGCACAUUUCCUCUGGCAGCAGCACCGGGGAUGACACUGGUAAUUAUGAGGACAAGCACAGUGAACACAAAACUUGGGAACAGAAGCAGAGCUCCUCAACAGCGCAGCGGGCAGAGGGCCAGUCACAGCAAGAGCCAGCGGCAUCCAACCCUCGGCCCCGCCGGCGCUGGUCCAGGCGCAUGGGUAGCACAGGGCUGGUCGUUAAGUCCAUGCUAGACCUCCGGCAACUGGAGUCUUUUGCCAUGGCACCUUCUCCAUGCAAGUCUGGACCAGCCAACACCUUCAGGGACAACGAGCUGGGCAGCACCACUAGCCUACAGACCAUUGGUGUCCCGGUGGGGGAGUCUGAUGCAGGUCGCGGGGAAUACUCUCGCCCCCAGAGUAUCCGUUUGAGCCCCCAAAGCCCAGAGACGGAGGAGCCGGUGCUGUACCCUGAGGGAACCGAGGACAGGGCGAGUCUUGCGGACAGUGAAUACCAGGUGAAGGAGGUUCCUCGUGGACCUCUGGGACGAUGCAACAGAGGAAACGGUUGCCAUGACAAACACAGCCCGGACAGUGCCUGCUCUGUGGACUAUUCCAGCAGCCGGCUGUCGAGCCCAGACCAACCCGGAGAAGAUUCUGAAGCUACAGAGCCACUCAGUGUGGAUGGGAACUCUUCUGAAGGGGAGGAGCUGGAAGAGGAGGAGGAGGAGUUUGUAAAGACUGAGGUCACGGGGGUGGUGCCUCACACACCAGACCAGGAAGCCUUCCUAAAGCAGCACUUUGAGACACUGGCUGACCUUGGGGGCACAGCAAACCCAGUGAGAACCCAGAGCACCACUGAGAUCGUCAGUAUCUCCGCCCGGUAUCUGUCCAAGAACCCAACAAGCAGGAAUGCCUUCACAUUUCCCUCGAAGACUGGUGGAGAAGGAAAGGGCUUGGCACGGGGCCUCACUGAAGACAACCAACGGAAGGGCUCUGAGAGCAAGGGGCCGGAAAUGGGGCUGGUCUCCCGCUCCACCCCUCAGAGGAGGAGGACGCAGGUCGUUGACCCCCGCCGGGUGGCCGGUCCCACUGCCAAAUCUGCAGCUUCCCACCUGCCCACAGGCAGCCUGAAAAAGUCCCACUCUGCGCAGAACCUGCCCACUGAGGCUGACGACCUGCAGCCGUCCUCCCAACGUGCCAAGGAGCUGUUUCCUGACCCUCUUCUGCUGCAGAAUGAUGAGAGAGACCUCCGCACCACACCCCGCCAUUCAGUACCCUCUGUGCCAACCUCCCCCCAGCCACGGGACGCUGCCACCCCAUCCCCCAGAGUCCCCAAGGCCCGAUCGUACAUGAGCCCCACCACGAGCUCCAUGGCAAAGAUGUCCCGUUCUGUGUCCUUGGGUGACAGCCUCAAUCUGGGGGAACUCGGUGAGGCCCCCUUGAGCCCACCCUCCAGCACUGAGCCAAGCUCCUCAAACUUCGCAAAGGGUUCCUCUCCGGACAAGAACAAGCCAGCUGCUUUAUCCACAGCUAUGUCUCCAACAGCUGCCAUCUCCCCCUCGGUCUCCACAGCUCCCCGAGCUCACGUCAUGCCUGCCCUCAGCUCCCCAGGAGCUCACUGUCCCAAAGGUCUUCAAAGCAGGUUUAGCUAUGGCCCCCGACCCCACCUGACUCUGGAGAUCCCCAAAUCCCUUCCCGACAAGCCGUCUGUAGCCGUGUUCUCCCCAACAAACAAGUCCCCCAAAGCUUCCAAGGAUGGUCAUACCCCCAGCACCCCAGCGAUUUUGUUUACUGGAAAGACAGGCCCCCACCCACAGGUGCAGGCGGAGAGCCCCUUGGGGAGUCCCCAGCUGGUCACCAGCCUCACUGCCAUCCAGCCCAAGGAUGUCACAGAGAAGCUGGAAGCUGACAAGCACGCCCUUGUGGAGCUACGCCCCAACCUAAACCACACAGAGCAGGUAAAGCCUACAGAUGAGGAGGCAAGAUCUCCCAUACUUGGGACCCCCAUGGUGGAGCGAUCCUCAGGACCAGCCCCCGUGAGCCCACUGGAGUCCCGCACCCCGGAUCCAGACCCCAUCCUGAACAUGGACACCUGUCGCCUGGUGGCCGGCGAGCUGCGGAGGAGUGUGAGGGCAGCCGCUCAGCUCUUCAAGAUGGUGAGCAGUGCCAGGAUGGAGCCCGACCAGGAACAGCAGGAGAUGGCUCAGCUCCUGACUGAGGCGUUCGGGUCAGUGAGAACAGAGCUGGACUCGCUGCCGCCAUGCCCGCCGACAAAAGGCCCUGGGGGUGCCGCCACGUGCAUGCUGGGUAACCGGCCGAGUGGGCAAGGUGAGGAGAGGACCCUGGCUCUGCUGGAGCAGUACUCAGAGCUCCUGCUUAAGGCCGUGGAGAGGAGGCUGGACAGCAGGGUCUGACUCCUCUCUCCAGCCCACUGUUCCCAGUUAAGUCCUGGACAGCCACUGGACCAGUCAAACCGCAACUCCACUAGUCAUUCCAGACAGGAUCUUAAGCCAUGGUACAUGGACAUCACUGCACCAUUUGACUAACAUUAAGUUCAGUGUUUUUUUUGUUUUUUUUAAAUGAACAGAAGUUUUUUGUUUCUGUGAUUACAAUCUAGACACCAUGUGUCUCACUGUUCCCACGCCAGACUGGGGGGGGUCCCAGGCUGGGCAGGCCUGUCACUAUUGACCGAGGGGUGUGUAUGAACAGUUUACUGCUUGGGUUCCCUGGCACAGUAUGGGACAGCAGAUGGGUGCUGGGACUUUUCAGGAUAUCAGCUUUGUCUAUGGUGGCUGUCCUGCUAAAGAGCAACACUACUGACUGCCUGUCACAUACAACUUUGCUCAUGGUGGCACACGGAUCUCAUUAACUUCUACCACUUGAAUGCCAUAUAUACUGUCAUGUUUUGAACCUCACUACUCCAGUUUUUAGAAGAUGAGACUUACAAAUCCAAAAUCAAUUUGUUACAUCCAAUUUACUGACUGAAUGGCAUGUCUGUAGACUUGAUGCAUCUUGUUACAACUUGACGCCUGAGGAGGAAUGGACUGACGCAACUCCAUUUAGCUUUGAAGAGGAAGAGCCAGAACGCUCUGCAGCGUGAUGGAGCCUGGGACGGGGCUCGUUAUGAAGACACAUCAGGCGGGAUUGCAAUCAGGAUCUCCUGCAUUCUUAAUCCAUUGAAAUGUGAAUAAUCUGUGAUUGGCCAGCAGCAGAAGCUGGCCGGGUUACUAAGGGGAGACCCUCAAGGUCAGUGGCAAUAAGUGUAAUAUGGGGAGGUUUGCACCACUGCAAGGUGGACAUUGGCUUCUCUUCAGGUGAACAUAGUUCACAGGUUAAAUGUACCAUAUUUUGAAUGCUUAUAGGAAGUGGGAUUAUGUAUUUAUUGAGGAAAGACAGUGUGAGGAAUUGUGCAAUGUUUUUUGCAAAAAAAUCGUGGAGGUUUUCUUUUUUAUACUGUACAAUGUUUUAAUUUGGUUUAUGCCAGAGUUAUGGUCAGUGUCACCAGUGGGCCGAAAACGAAAAGGUCAAAGGUCAUUAGAAAGAGAAACCGCCAAACCUCUGAAAAAGCAUUUCUCUGCUAGCCCGAGUCAUUUUAUACUUUUUUAUAUUUAAAACCGAUGAUCAUAAUUUAGACAGGGCUAUCUCAAGGAAAAAAGGUGCCUUCAUUUUAAAGUUACCAGCAGUCAAUUUUCUAAAGUCCAUUUUUUUGUUUACCUGAUGGAAUCUAAGAAUUUUUGGAAACGGUGAAGUGAAAAUUAUGACAUCAGAGUAAUUCUGAUUUGUAUGUUGCCCAUGGAAUUCAGCAUAUAAUUGAAGCAGGGCUUGAUUGUGCUGUAAAUCCCCGAGGUAACAAAGACUUUCAGCUGGUGGCACUGACACGGAAGCCACAUUAGUGGGGUUCACAUGUGACGGCAGAGUAUCGACUGCUGCUGGAGACGUGUCAAUGUGAAGCAUUUGUUUAUCAUUUAUUCUAAGACUUCAAACCUUCUCUGGUCUAGAUCACGAAUCGGAAUCUGUCAGUCAGUGUGUAGUUCUCGCCGUCUCUGUUUCUUCAGAGCUCGUUUGGCUGUGAUGUUUUGAGCUGGCAUAUUUCUUACGUUUUUUGCUAUGACAAUGUAAAGCACUUAUAUUCUCAGACGUAGGUUUAGCAGACUAUCGUACCUCGGGGACCUUGCAUACCGACAGGGUCUGGGUUUGCACCGCCCACUCGUCUCCCUGGCUGGACAAUGUGUGGGUCUGGUCCCUGCUGCCAUGGCAAUGGCGGCACCGUGCCACCAGACUGGCACUGCCACUGCCCAACACUCCUGUGCCUGUCUUGGCUGGUGCCCGCUGAGAUGCACACAAUGGCUUGCGCUGUUCAGCCGCUCCUGGCCAGCAAACCCCUCCACCUGCACAGCCCUGUCCAUUGUCACCAUAUUCAGCUGACGACUGGCAUCGGCACUCUAAGCUGUUUUUAUACUCGGGCAUUUUUGGAGUUGCUAAACUCAACCUGACAACCUGAAUAUCCAACCCCACAGUCCCCAUAUCUGUAUUUUUUUUUUUUUUAAAAAGCUGAGAGAAAUUUACCUACAAUGGAUAUGACUGUCUCCCUGAUAUAAGAAGCUGCAUAAGUGUAACUUUUAAUUACAGAAAUUUAAACCCCUUACAAGGUGUGCCCAGAGAUUUGCUGGCACUGUUAAGUCUUAUUGAGGAUUUAAAGGUUUGCCUACUCCAGAAUGCAUGGAUUAGAUGUCCUACAUUCUUCCAAAGUAAUUAAUGCACACCCUUUAAAUUAAGAUUAUUAUUAGGUUCUAAAAUGGCAAAUUCCUAGCUCAGCACUGACCUGACCCUGUUUAUCCACAAGAUGGCAGAAUUUUAAAUUACAGUACAAGAAAGACCAAAUAGACUGGGAGCCAUACAAUGACGUUGGAUUGUUUUACACUAUAGUGAUAUAUUAACCUGUAGGAUCUUCCUUUAUACUUGGCGCAUGGAUGUAUGCAUGGGGGUUGGGGGGGGGCGGGGGGUGGAUGUCCCCAGAAAACUGCAUGGUUGUACAUUUGGGUCCUGUAAUUUAGCCAAACGCCUGGAUUUUGGCCCCCUCUGCUUUGAUCUAUGCUUUUUACUCUGACAUGUUUAUCUUGAUGACUUGAUGCUUUUCAGGAGGAGAUGCAGCUUUUUUUUUAUUUAACAAGUCUCUAAAAACCUGCUUUGUUUUUUUUGUUUUGCACUGACUUCAACUGAUACUUUGCUCUGAAUGUUUUUACCCUCAGUGUUUCUAUUGUGUACCCUUUGAUUAAAUUUUAAGAUGAUGAAGUUGAAUAAAACCAUAUUUAUUACACUUA